AUGGCUGGGAUUUCUUCUUAUGAGUUCUCCUUCUUCUUCAUCAUCAUCAUCUGCUGUGGAGAGACCAGCUUGUCCAAGCUUGGCCUUAAGGAGGCGGAUCUCAAGUCUGGCCUUGGUUUGGUGCAGUCGGGGGUAUUGAGACAUAAUGGCUGGAGUGUGAAUUACACUUCUACUGAGAUCUGUGACUUCAGAGGAUCAACAGUGGACAUUACCUGUACCUACACAUACCCAUCCACAUUUAAUAACCUUGAUACUACAGUUCAGGAAACUUUCUGGUUCAUUCAAGAGAGUAAUGGGAUUUACGUUGAUCUAAGGACUGAUCCGGAGUAUUCAGGUCGUGUGGAGUAUCUCUUUGAAAACAACACGGGCACUCUGAGAAUCUCUAACCUGAGAGAGAGCGACUCAGCUGUGUACAAGUUCAGGUUCACAACAAACCAACGUAAUAGGAGUUUAACUGGUUCACCUGGAGUCACUCUGUCUGUCACAGACCCUCAGCUCCAGGUACAUGUGAGGAGAUCAACAGCCAAUCCAUCUUCUACCUGGACAGAGCUGACCUGUCACAGCAGGUGUUGGAUCCCUGAUCAUCUUUCCUACGUUUGGUACAAUAACAAUAAACCUGUUGGACGAAAAAAAUACUUUCACCUCCGACACUUUGAUGCUGAAGACAGCUAUCACUGUUCUAUAGAAGGACAGGAGCGUUUCCCUUCUCCUACAUUGUAUGCUCCAAAGCCUCCCACUGUGUCAGUGAGUCCCUCUGGUGAGAUCAUGGAGGGCAGCUCGGUGACUCUGACCUGCAGCAGUGAUGCUAACCCAGCAGCUAAAUACACCUGGUACAAGAGAAGUAGAAAUAAACAAGUUCAACCUCUCAGUGAAGAGACACAAUUUGUCCUCAGCUCCAUCCGGUGGUCAGACUCUGGAGAGUAUUACUGCACAGCUGAGAAUGAGCUGGGAAGGAGUUCAGCAAACAUCUUUAUUACUGUGACAUGGAAGUCAGUGAUAAUCAUAAAUACCGUCAGGUACACUCUGGUGGCCGUGCUGGUUCCAGUGCUUGUCUGGACUCUGUGGACGAGGAUGAAGAAAACUCUGAGCCUGAAAUCUGAAGUGAAUGAAGCUGUGGAGAUGAUAGAGUCACACAACUGUCCUGAUUAUGAGAAUGUCGCUGCUGCAGCACAGACAGAAGACACAGAGGAGCAGGAAGACCUGGUGUGA